AUGACCAACGAGGAUCUUCUUUCGGACUCGGAAAACGAUGAGGACUUUGCCUACAAGUCGGACAAGGAGGAGGACUUCUCAGACUCCGACGAUGAAUCCCGAAAACUGCAGCGACGGAUUGAUGCGGAAAACAAGCAGGCCAUGGCGAAAGAAGAGGUCAAGGUCGACAAGGACGCCAUGAGAAAGAUCUACGAGGAGAUGAAGAGCGGAUCUGGCGCUGCCAACGAGAUAAAGCCGGUUACGGUAAAAAAACCUGACGUCACAACUACGCAGACUACACAACAGGAGACUGCUUCCACCACCCCCACAGCAUCCACCACAUCCACCACCACAUCCACCACAUCUGCACCGGCACCAGCAUCUAUCCCGUCUUCAGCAGCCACAAACAAGGUCAAGAAACCAAAGCGACCGAAGAAGGGCUCGUUGCUGGACGCCAUGAACAAGCCCAAAAAGAAGCUCAACACCCUGGAGCAGUCAAAGGCUGACUGGGGCGCGUUUGUGGACAAGGAAGGCAUUGGACAUGAUUUGAGCCAGCACAACAAGGAUGGAUAUCUAGAAAAGCGCGACUUUCUGGAUACUCACUGA